AAGAAAACUUACAGCUAACAAGGAAAAAACUCGGUGUCUUGGAAGCUUGGUUGCUACUUAUUAUAGAGGAUUAUUCGCAGUUUCACACAAAAAGAUCUAUUCUUAGUGCAGAAAUAAAAUGCAUAGAGAGUGAGAGGCAAGCACUCCUCAACUUCAAACAAAGUCUCUUCAAUGAUCAUGGCAUGUUGUCUACAUGGAGUGACGGUGACAACAAUACAAAUUGUUGUAAAUGGAGAGGCAUACAAUGCCACAAUGAAACUGGUCACGUACUACGAAUCGAUCUUCAUGGUGGUUAUCUGAAUGGAGGUGCACAAUAUUUGGACGGUGCAAUCAAUCUUACUUCAUUGAUUGACUUGCAUAAUAUUCAACAUCUCGAUCUCAGCAAUAAUGAUUUUUUGGGGAGUCACAUCCAAGAACUCAUUGGCUCCUUCACCAACUUAACAUAUCUCAAUCUCUCAUACUCUCGAUUUGGCGGGAGCAUUCCAUGUGAGCUUGGAAAGCUUACACAUUUACAGUAUCUGGAUCUAAGCAAUAAUUUUCUCGAUGGAGAAAUCCCUUAUCAACUUGGAAAUAUCUCACAGUUGAGAUAUCUUGAUCUUUCAGGAAAUUCAUUUUCUGGAGCACUCCCUUUCCAGGUUGGGAAUCUUCCUUUCUUACACACUCUUGGACUUGCUGGAAAUUUUGAUGUCAAAUCUAAGGAUGCUGAAUGGUUCUCUAAUCUCUAUUCCCUAACAAUUCUUCGCUUGGAUUAUUUUCAUAAUCUUGGCUCCUCCCAUCAUUGGUUACAAAUGAUCAACAAGCUUUUUCCAAACUUAAGAGAGUUGAGGCUGGUUAAUUGUUCUCUUUUAGAUACUGAUCUUCAAUCUCUGUUUUAUUCAGGUUCCAACUUUUCCUCUUCUCUUGCCAUCCUUGAUCUUUCUUCUAAUAUGCUGACAUCCUCAUCAUUUCAACUGUUGUUAAACAUUAGCCUUACUCUUCAAGAGCUUUAUCUUUCUCAUAAUAACAUUGUUUUCUCAUUUUCGGUCUUUCCAAGCUUUCCGUCUCUUAUGGUCCUUGACCUUUCUUAUAAUAAUAUGACAUCAUUAGUCUUUCAAGAUGGUUUCAACAUCGGCUCAAAACUUCAAAAUCUUUAUUUGUAUAAUUGUAGUCUUAUGAAUAGAAGUUUCCUUAUGUCAUCUACUUCCGUUAUGAAUUCUUCAUCUUCCGUUGUCUCCCUUGAUCUAUCCUCCAAUUUGUUGAACUCAUCAACUAUAUUCUACUGGCUCUUUUACUCCACCACCAAUCUUCGUUCCCUUUACCUUUAUGAUAACAUGUUAGAAGGUCCCAUCCCUGAUGGAUUUGGGAAAGUGAUGAACUCUCUUGAAACUCUUGACCUCUAUAGAAAUAAAUUGCAAGGCAAGAUUCCGUCUUCCAUUGGGAACAUGUGCAGAUUGCAGAUAUUAGACCUCUCUCAUAACAAGUUGAAUGGCGAAAUUCCUAGCUUCAUUGAAAAUUCUUCAUGCUGCAACCAACACAUAUACUGUCAAACUUCAAACUUAACGACUUUAAUUUUGUCAAGCAAUCAAAUAACGGGAGAACUCCCAAAUUAUUGGAAAUCAGUAGAGUCAUUACUGUUUCUUGAUUUAAGCAACAAUAAAUUGUCAGGGAAGAUUCCGAUGUCCAUGGGCACCCUUGUUAAUUUGAAAGCUAUGGAAUUAGGAAAUAAUAACUUAACGGGUGAAUUACCUUCUACUUUGAAGAGUUGUAGAAAUUUAAUCAUGUUGGAUGUGGGUGAAAAUAAGUUAUCUGGUCCAAUACCAUCAUGGAUAGGAGAAAGUAUGCAGCAAUUGAUAAUCUUUAUCAUGCGAGGAAAUCACUUCUCUGGAAAUCUUCCUAUUCAUCUGUGUUAUUUGAAAUAUAUUCAAUUAUUGGAUCUUUCAAGGAAUUACAUGUCGGGAGGAAUUCCAACAUGCUUAAAGAAUUUUACCGUAAUGGCUGAAAAGAGCAUCGACACAAGUGACACUAAGCUACGUGUAUAUGAUGCUUUUGGUAGUUUGAAUUCCAAUGGUUAUACGUUUGAGAUAACAUGGAUGUGGAAAGGUGUGGAACAGGGGUUCAGAGGUCCUGAAUUGAAUCUUAAGAGCAUUGAUCUCUCAUGCAAUAAUUUAACAGGUGAAAUACCAAAAGAAAUAGUACAUUUGCUUUGGUUAGUUUCUUUGAACUUAGCAAGAAACAAUUUGAGUGGAGAAAUACCUUCAGAGAUUGGGAAUUUAAGUUCACUAGAUUACCUUAACUUGUCAAGAAAUCAUUUCAGUGGAAGAAUUCCUUCUUCUCUUGCUCAAAUUGAUGGUCUAGGAAAACUAGUCUUGUCCCACAACUCUCUUUCUGGAAGAAUCCCAAUGGGAAGACAUUUUCAAACCUAUGAUGCGUCUAGUUUUGAAGGAAAUGUUGAUCUUUGUGGUGAACAAAUUAACAAAAGUUGUCCUGGAGAUGGAGAUCGGACAACAACGGUGAAGCCUGAAGAAGCAGCAGGGAAAGGUAAAGAUUCAGAUUUCUAUGAGGCAUUAUACAUGAGCAUGGGAGUAGGGUACUUCAUUGGAUUUUGGGGCUUAAUUGGGCCAAUACUUGUUUGGCGUCCUUGGAGAAAUGCUUAUCUCAUGUUCUUGAAUAGAUUCAUUGGUUACAUGUAUGUAUGGUUAAGGACAUUAUGGUGAAUGUCGCAAAGUGUUGCUGCUAGCUCGAAGGCUGUUUACUGCAGAGGUGCUGCACUCUUCUGAUCUGGGAUGAAAGCUUUGCUGGUUGCUACAAGGGCAAGAUAUUUAUUUAGUAUUAGAGUUUAAGAUAUGUUGUAUUUAAUAAAGUAAAAAAUUGUGAAAUUUAAUUUCCAGAAACUCACUGUGAUUUGAUUGUAUUGCAUUGUAUAAUAUAUGUGCUUAGACUUGUGAUAUCUAAAAUUUUAUCCUUUAUAAUA